AUGCCACAUCUGCGGGCAGGCGGUCUGUGCUGGGUUCUGCUGGAGCGUGACGCGGAGAACACCCUGACCAUCCACCAGCAGAAGCGCAAGCUCAGCCAGCAGCACGACGUGCUGACGGCGCUCAAACAGAAGUACACGGCCGCCACCAGCAAGCACCAGGACGAGAACGGGCGGCUGACGGACGAGUAUAAGCGCGUCACAGAGCAGUUCAAGGAUUUGCAGGCCAAGUUUCGCCACUUCGAGGGCAUCGACGCUGCCAAAUUUGACGAGCUCUGGGAGCUGCAGCAGGGGGAGGUCUCGGCGCUGGCGCGGAAGCUGCUGGCAGCCAGCCGCGUGAUCCACGAGCAGCAGCUUGGAUGGGCGUGGCGGGCGCCAGACGAGCACGCGCUGUUCAGGUCGCCGCACGACCACGUCUACCCCAAUGGCGGCCUGGGCGCCGUCACCACCACCAUCACGGCCGGCGGCGGCGGCGCUGGCGUGCCCCACGAUGACGACCCUUCCUGGCAGCAGGACGGGGCGGGCGCGCCUGGUGGACCGCAGGAGCCGUCGUUCGGGCCGGGUGCUGACGGUCCUGCCGCGAGCCAGCAGGCGGCAGCCGGGGAUAAUCGGAUUAGUACCGAUGACGGCGGCCUUGGCGAGGCGCUUGUUGGAUCUGCUCCCCUCGGCAAGGCGGGGGCCGGAUUAGGCAGCGUCAGCGAGGGUGAGGAGGGGAAGCUGCCCAAGGAGGGCGCCAGCUUCGGGGCGCCCGCUGGCGUGGCGGCCGGCGCCUCCGCAGAGAUUGAGGCGCGGCUGCGGGAGCCCCGCUACCUGGGAGCGUUGCACCUGCUGUGCGACGAGGCCGGAUUCCUGCUGGACACAAAGGCAGCGGCGCUGGUGUCCAAGCUCCCCGCUGACGAGGCGGGCCGCGUCAAGGCGGCAUCGAUCGUGCGGUCCCUGGGUGUCAGUGACGGCCCCGGCUUUGACGCCUUGAUGGACGCUCUGACAGAGGACCAGCAAGGUGCGUUUGCGAAUGCAGACCCCGGCGCGCCACCGCCGCUGCUGGUGGCGGCGGACGACGCGGUGCGCCGGCUGCGGGAAUUUGUGGAAUACGAGCAGUCGCUGCCCUCGCCCUCAGCCAGCACGGGGGGCCCCAUCGGCGGCGGCUGGGGGCAGGCCGGAACGGCGGCGUCGGCGGCGCCGGGCGGCCGCGGGCGGCUCUCCUGUUCGAGUGUUGGCAGCGGCGCCGGCAGCGGCAGCGGCAGCGGGGGCGCGGCUGGCGUGCCGGCGGGGCGGCGGGUGUCCCAGGCGCAGCUGGCGGCGGCGGGGACCGCAAGGAAGGCACACACAGUGUCCCGGCGGAUGGCCGAUCGGGAGCGGGACUUUUGGGCGCGGCUGCCGCAGGCGAGUGCUACAAGAGCGCCCCUUGCAAUGUUCCGGGACGCUCUGACUGUCUUCGAAGGCGCUGUCGGCGACAAGGAGUGGCGCGCGUGGUGCACCCUCGAGGCGCAGCUGGGCCGAUACCACGCGCUGCUGACGGCGCGCGCCGCGGGGCUGGGGACGGUGGGGGAGCUGCGGCGGCAGAACGAGGAGCUGCGGGGGCUGCUGCGGCAGUACCUGGCCAGCGACAUAAACAAGCAGCUGCAGGUGCCGCCGACGGCGCUGAUUUGA